AUGGUCCCUUGGGCACAUCUCCAGCAGUCAGGCUGGAUUUCCAGUGCUCAAGGCCUCUUUCAUUUCCAGAUUACCAGAUUACCAGGUCCUAAAACAAUUUUCAAGAUUUUGACAGGAGAACAGAGAAGACCAGCAGCACCUAAAACAUCCACAAGUACCAGGUCCUAUGCUUUCCUGAUGGCCCUGGUGGUGAUGAACUACUGGUCAACCUGCUCUCUAGGAUGUGACCUGCCUCAGACUCAUUACAUCAGGAACAAGAGAGCCUUCACACUCCUAGCACAAAUGAGGAGACUCUGCCUUCUCUCCUGCCUGAAGGACAGAAAGGAAUUUGCAUUCUCUCUGGAGAAGGUAGAUGCCCAGCACAUCCAGAAGGCUCAAGCCAUCCCUGUCCUGCAGCAGCUGACCCAGCAGGUCCUCGUCCUCUUCAGCUCAAAGGACUCAUCUGCUGCUUGGGAGACAGCCCUCCUAGACACCUUCUGCACUGGCCUCCACCAGCAGCUCAAUGACCUGCAAGCCUGUCUGAUGCAGCAGGUGGGGGAGCAGGAACCUCCCCUGAGCCAGGACGAUUCCCUGGUGGCUGUGAGGAAAUACUUCCACAGGAUCACUGUCUACCUGAGAGAGAAGAACCACAGCCCCUGUGCCUGGGAGGUGGUCAGAGCAGAAGUCUGGAGAGCUCUGUCUUCCUCAGCCAACUUGCUGGCAAGAUUGGGUGAGGAAAAGGAGUAA